AUGUGGUUGUGUUCUGUAUUUGUUCUUUCAUUGAUUGUUGCUUUUGAUUUUCACUAUGCAAAUUCAAGAUUUAUACAACAUAAUGGAGCACUUCCCCAUUAUAUUCCUGUAGUGCUAUACGCUGCAGCCCUUCAUGCACCUUUAAAGUCUAAGAAGGAAACCAAUACUGAGUCCAUCAUGGACACAAUCAGGAAAGUCAAGGUCAAUAUUCCUCUUUUAGAUGCUAUCAAGCAAGUGCCUGCGUAUGCCAAGUUCCUCAAAGAUUUGUGCACCCAAAAGCACAAGUCUAGGGUCUACAUAAACAAACAAGUCAGGCUAACUGAGCAUGUAAGCUCAAUUCUUUUAGUUCACAUUCCUCCAAAAAUUAAAGACCUCGGAAAUGCCCCCAUCUCAUGUGUAAUCGACAAUUACACUAUUGAUAGGGCUAUUUUAGAUUUGGGAGUGAGUGUGAACCUAUUGCCCUACUCGAUCUGCAAACAAUUCAAUUUAGGAAAGUUGAAGCCCACGCUAGUCACAUUGAGCUUCAUUGACCGAUCAGUGAAAAGGCCACGGGGUGUGAUAGAGGAUGUCUUGGUCAAAGUCAAAGAGUUCUAUUACCCCGUUGCAUUAGUUGUCUUGGAUAUGGAAUUUGCCAACCCAACCAAGUAUUUGAUCCCUGUCCUAUCAGGACGACCAUUCUUAGCUACAGCUAAUGCCUGCAUUCAAUGUAGGAUUGGGAUCAUGGAUGCAUCCUUUGGAAACAUGCAACUCCAGUUGAAUGUAUUUCAUGCUUCCCAAUAUCCCCCUAAUGAUGUCAAAUCUUUGAACGUUGACAUGAUUGAAGAAUGUGUUGAGGAAGUGGCCCCCUCGAUUCUUCGGGAAAAUCCCAUUGAGGAUAUACUUCAGCCUGAUAACCCCUCUAUGUCUGGCCUAGAGGACCUGUAUGAGUAG